AGGGAGAAAAAGGUUUUUUUUUUUUAAAAAAGGACAUACUAAAAAGAAAUUUGCGCUGAACAAGAGUACUAUUCUUCCUUCAAACCACCACCACCACCACCGACCCUCUCCGCCGGAACCACCACGCUAUCAACGACCUCCGGCAUUACUCGCUCUUUGCGGAGGAAAUAGUAGCAGAACAGUUCACUUGAAAAAGCAUUAAAAAAUGGACCUUGUCGCAAAUGCUUUCUCAGUUUUAGCGCUUGAUGAUGGCGAGGAUCCUUCUAAAUUGCUUUCGGCUAGCGUUUCUGAAGCAGGGGAGAGUGGUAAAAAAAGUAAAAGUAAAAGCAAAAGCUCAGAUGACAAGCUGGUGGUGGACAAUGGAAAUAGCAAAGAACAUGACUUAGGUGUAACAGUAGCAGAUUAUAGAUUACCCCUUGUCUGGAUUGAUUUAGAAAUGACUGGUUUAAAUGUUGAAGUUGAUAGAAUAUUAGAGAUAGCUUGUAUCAUAACAGAUGGCAACUUGUCUAAAUCUGUGGAGGGACCGGAAUUUGUUAUCCAUCAAUCACAGGAAUGUUUGGACAAAAUGAAUGAAUGGUGUCAAGAUCACCAUGCAGCUAGUGGGUUGACAAAGAAGGUUCUUGAGAGUACAGUCACUGAACAUGAAGCCGAGCAACAGGUUAUAGAAUUUGUCAAGAAACAUGUUGGUACAUAUACACCCCUUCUUGCAGGAAACUCAGUUUACACAGAUUUUAUAUUUCUCAAGAAAUAUAUGCCAGACUUGGCAAGUAUGUUCUCUCAUGUCCUUGUAGACGUUAGCAGCGUGAAGGCCUUAUGCGUUCGGUGGUAUCCUAAAGCUCACAGAAAGGCACCUUCAAAGGAGCAGAAACACAGGGCUUUGGAUGAUAUCAGAGAGAGCAUACUUGAACUCAAAUACUACAAAGAUGCCAUAUUUAAAUCUAGGAAAUGAGCUGCUGUAUUCUGAACCAUGUUUAUGUAAGUAUAAGCAUAUAGACAAUUUGGUGGAGUGCUGUUUCUCUUCGAAACCAGCUUUUUGACAGACAUGAGUACACAUAUUUGAAGAUGACUUUGAUCCCAUUAGUUGAAUCGUAUGGUUAUCUGUGAGAUGAUUGCUGCAUAAUGCUUGAAGAUGGCUAUGAGGACUGAAGAGUUGAGCCUUCUCACUUUUUUUUUCUCUCAUCUGUUCAGGAGGACCAGACAGUAUUGAACCGUUGUGAUGGAUAUGAUUGUAUGCUGUGUAAUUUAAAGACUGAUUUUUAAAUCAAUAACAGAUAAACUUGUUCCUGCAAGAUAUAAGUUUUAAUGCUUCGUAUAUUUUCCUUUGUUUCUAUUUGAAAUAUUUUGAUUUUGACACUAUGCAUAUGCUCUAUAAGAAGUAUUUUUGAUUA